UGACGCUUUUGAAGGAUCAAGCAGAAGAGCUGAUAGGAAGAGCUGAUGAAAUUCCCCUCAAAGCUAGUUCAUCUGUAAGCUUCGAAAAGAUGUAUAGGUAAAUGGAAGUAGGACGGAUUUGCGUAAGGUCUCGAUCUUGUCCGCUCGCACCUUCAUUUUGCCCUCAAAGACCACCUUCUUGAGUCUCGAUGGACUCGGCAGCUGCCUUUGACUCAAUGGCACAUUCAGCCCAUCCACCUACGCGGCAGUCGUGCGACCGUUGCCAUAGACAGAAACUCCGUUGCCGACGCGCUAGCAGCAAGACCUUGGAUGCAUGCGAACGAUGCCAUCGCAAAGGGGUCGAGUGUCUAUACAGUACAAGUUUGCCCAAGGGUCGGCCAUCCGUCUAUCGUCUCAACGAAAAUCAACAGGCUGCGAGACGCCAAGUCCCGGAGUCGACGAGUUCUUCGCUGCCGACGUAUCCGGCCCUGAGUGAACUGAAUCCGGUUCACAUAUCUCCCGAAUCUUUGGUCAUGCCUAUGGUACAACCUCAGCACAAUCAAUCUUUCGGGGACCCCAAUCUCGACUGGGGGCUGCAAAAUAACUGCAUGUCAUUGUCGAUUCCCAUGCAUAAAUAUACGGAUGCUUGUAUGCAGAUCUGGCAGGAUGCCCCCGGAAUUGGAGAACGAAUGAUUGGACUCACGCCUGAUCCAGCCUUGACAUCGAACAUCGACCCUCUCUUGGAGGCUCCGACUUUUCAACCCCCCCAUCCAAUUUCUGAGAUUGCCGAGAGACCACCUGCCGAGGAAAGUGAUGACAAUGCUUCCAGCAAUUUCAGCAGGGAUGAGAUCUUCUCCGAAGCUGAAGAAGCUGACGAAGCUGACGAAAACGAGCAUCCCACCGACAAGCACUCCAGGAAACGCAGAAACUGCAGCCAAGGCAAUAUGAGCUUCACCGCAGAUCAAAGCUCCUUCAGGCUCAACGUCCUAGACUUAUCCCGUCUUAGCACCCAGCUCUCCCAGCUUCUCGGCUCCUCACGAGGCUUUCUCUCCGAAGUCACUGAAGUCUCUCCGAGUUCUGGCGUCGAUUGCUCCGCCGAGCAAGCUAGGACCGCCAUUCGAGCCGUCUUCACCUCCGUCAACGCGUGGCUGACCCAGGGAUCCGUGGAUCUGGAUCCGGCACUCUUAACGCAGGCCAAUUCCGGCCCCAGCAGUCCCUCAGACUUACUCCCGCAUAUCUUUUCCGCAUCCAACCAGGCGAUGAAGAUUUUACAUCAGUUACGUGAAGAUAUAAUGACACCCAAGACGUCAUCGGCGCAGAGUACCGCCUCUAGCUCUGGGCGGCAGAACUCCAUCUCGAGUUGUUAUACUCAGCCAGCUUUCUCCAACGCAAACUCGUCCAUCGAAAGCCUUGGUCCUUCCUCGGGGGAUAGCAGCAGUCGAUCCUACGGCGUCAUCCAUCAACUCGUCGUCGUCUGCUUGACCCUACUCCUCAACAUGCAUAUCGUGAUUCUCAUCGCACUCCAACGCGGCGCCGACGCACUCUGCGAGCGCGAAGAUAACAAUAGCACCCGCUCCGAUCAGCUAUCUGACAAAGUUUCACAGCCUAUAGAUUGUGAGGGACAGAUGCAUCUUCAGCUGGUUUCCCUCGUUCAGAUGUGUUCAUAUUUCAUUCAACGAGAGGAUCAAGGGCUCGAUAUGCUUGUGCUAAAUGGGCUGUCUUCAUACGUUACUGAAAGCUUGCAGACGGAUGUAUGUAAGCUAAGAGUCGAACUGAAGCAGCGACUCGAGCAGUUGCGAGCCAGGCUGGGAAUUGUCAUUUAAAUAUCUAUAUUUUGGGAAAAGUUCGAUUCUGGAGCCUGGAGUUCGGAACAGGGAUUCGCUGGCACUGCGUAUUCGCAGAAGUGCACAAUUAAUAUCAUCAGUAUCGAUCGGAAUCUACAGCUCUCUUCUAUAAUUACGUAUAACGUCGAACAAAACACUGGCCAGUUUGCAAAGCUAGUUCUGACGAAAAUCUCGUUGUUUUCUCAGCAGCGUGAAC